AUGAUGAUGACUGGCCGUGUGCUGCUGGUGUGUGCCCUCUGCGUGCUGUGGUGCGGUGGCUGCGGUGGUGGAUGUUCUGAAACAAUUUCUCCAGCUCCUCCGGAUUCUCCGUCCGACGGGAACCCUCAAAAAGAAGGAGAGGCCACAGAUGUCACUGGAAAAGGUGACCAAAGCGGUCAAUCGGAAGCGUCUCGAGGAAAAUCACCGGCGUCCGAAUUACCGGCAGCGCCAGCGAAAUCAUUACAGGAAACACAAUCCGGAGGAGGUGCACCAGAUUCGGCAAAUACAACGACGGACAAGAAUAAUCCAAAUACAGAAGGUAAAAAGGAGGAAAAGGAAGAAGACGAAGCCGAAGAAGAGGAAGACGAAGAGGAAGAAGUGGAAGUGGAAGAAGACGAAGAGAAACAACAAGAAGAGGAAGGGAAUCAAGAGGCAGACGGGGGGGAUGUUACGAAAGAAGAAGAGGAAGAAGGGAAAGGGGAAGAGAAUGGUGCGAAUGAAAAGGGGGAGACAAAGAAAGAAGCUGUUACCGGCACCACGGAGGGGAUCUCAGCAGGCGGUCAAAAGCAGCCGAUUUUAUCUUCUGGUGCGGCGGGAGCAUCGAAUAUAACAAAUCCCAACAGCACCCAAACAACUGGAGGCGAUGACCCAGCAGCUGAUGGUGCAGGGACAGCAGAGGGAAAACAAAAUGAAAAUAAAGAUGCCAAUCCGAAAGAAACACCAGUCGAAGCCACAGCCACGAAAAAUACAACGGCGACGACUGGCGACGGUGACGGCAGCACCGCGGUCUCCCACACCACCUCCCCUCUUUUGCUUCUUCUUGUUGUUGUUGUGUGUGCGGCUGCGGCUGCGGUGGUGGCCGCGUGA